UGGAGGUUUAAAGUAGGACAGGCGCUGGGCAGAGAGAUCAGAGCAGAGACACAUUCCAAGCACAUCCAGUCUGCAUCUAGCGGAGGCCAGGAGCAGCAUACAGACGAGGAGAAGGGCAGACACUUCGAGAUCUGCUCUGAAGGGAACAGAAGGGAACAAAAUGGAAGGUGCCCUCCUGUGUCUCCUGCUGCUGCUGGGAGCCUGCACAACUCUCCAGCACCAGGAGUUUCACGUCCGCGUCAGACGGGGAGCCCGAUCACCAGCCAUUUGCAGGGACUCCUCAUUCCAACAGAUUUAUCAGCCAGGGCAGACCUGGCUGCGCCUGGCAGGAUCCAGGGUGGAGUACUGCCGGUGCGAGGGACGCCAGAGCCUCUGCCAUACUGUGCCCGUCAGAACCUGCGCUGAACAGAAGUGCUACAAUGGUGGCCGGUGCAGGCAAGCGCUCUACUCCCCCCAGCACUUCAUCUGCCUGUGCCGCCGGGGCUUCUCCGGGCAGCAGUGUGAGAUUGAUACUGAGGUCAAGUGCUACAGGGAUGUGGGCACAGCAUACCGAGGGACGUGGAGCACGACAGUGAGUGGAGCUGAGUGCCUGAACUGGAACAUCACUGCCCUGGUGCAGAAAAGGUACAACGGGCGGCGAGCGGAUGCCACUAAGCUGGGACUCGGCAACCACAACUUCUGCAGAAACCCAGACAAAGAUGACAAGCCCUGGUGCUACAUCUACAAAGGGGGAAAGUACACUUGGGAGUACUGCAGCACGCCUUCCUGCUCAAAAGGUGGGAAGGAUGAGUGCUCUUCUGGACAGGGCAUAAAGUAUCGGGGCAGCCACAGCACCACCCGCUCUGGGGCCACCUGCCUGCACUGGGACUCCAGAGCCUUGGUCGGCAAGGUCUACACAGCGCAGAAGAGCAAUGCCCAGGAGCUGGGCCUUGGGAGCCACAAUUUCUGCCGGAACCCGGACAACGACACCAAACCCUGGUGCCAUGUGCAGAUUGGAGGCCGGCUCAUGUGGGAGUACUGUGACGUGCCUGCCUGCUCCACCUGUGGCCAGCGGCAGCGCAGCGUGCCCCAGUUCCGGAUCAUGAGGGGCUUCUACGCAGACAUCGCCUCACACCCAUGGCAAGCAGCCAUCUUUGUCAAGUAUCGGAAAGUCCCUGGGGAGCAUUUCCUGUGUGGUGGGAUCUUGAUCAGCUCCUGCUGGGUCUUGUCAGCUGCCCACUGUUUCCAGGAAAGGUAUCAGGCUCAUCAGCUGAAGGUCAUUCUGGGCAGGACUUAUCGAGUGACCCCUGGGAAGAAUGAGCAGCAAUUCCAGGUGAAGAAAUACAUUGUGCACAACCAGUUUGACCCAGAGACCUAUGACAAUGACAUUGCUCUGCUGCAGCUGACGUCCGAGUCAGCCAAGUGUACUACUGAAACAGAUACCGUCCGCACAGCCUGCCUCCCAGAGCCAGGGCUGCAGCUGCCUGACUGGACAGAGUGCGAGAUCUCCGGCUAUGGGAAGCAUGAGUCAUAUUCUCCCUUCUACUCCGAGCGCCUGAAGGAAGGUCACGUCCGCCUGUUCCCAGCCAGCCAGUGCACAUCUCAGCACCUUGACAACCGGACGAUCACCAAGAACAUGCUGUGUGCAGGGGACACCAGGCAGCUUGAUGAUGCCUGCCAGGGUGACUCUGGAGGGCCUCUGGUCUGCAUGAAGGAUGAUCGCAUGCAUCUGAUUGGCAUCAUAAGCUGGGGAAUUGGCUGUGGGAGCAAAGAUAUGCCAGGUGUUUAUACCAAUGUCACUCGUUACCUUGGCUGGAUCCAGGACAACAUGAACUCCUAAGGGAGAUGGUGGACUAUUUGAACCCUGUGGUCGUGCCCCCACUCCCCAAGUGCUUAGGGCAUCACCAGAAGCUGCCGUCUAGAGGCCCACGCCUGCCCAAGAGGCAGGCACACAGCAGCGCAGGGUGUGAGAAACUCUUGCUAGGUACUUUCUCUUUCCUCAUUUGGGGCUAUUGGGAGUUUAGGGUAUCCCUGUUACUUUGCACCAAGGCACAAUACAAGACACACAAAACCCUGCAGCAGACCCCAGCAUCCGGCAGGAGGCCCUGCAGCCCCAGGGAGGUGAUGCUGCACUGGGAAUGGCAGAGCACCAAGGCAGAGGGGACAGGUCUGGCUCCUGGGAGCAACCAUCUCCUUCCUUCAGAGUAGGAAGGAGCACUUGCACUGUGCACCAGCGUGUGUGCAGAGAAGCACCAGUGCAUGUGUUGUCUGCAGCAUGUGCCCACAUCAUCUGUCUGACCCUCCUCUCCCUACCAUGAUGCAUGGGCUGCACCUCACAACCACCACCACACUCUUGUGAGGCUGUUUGGCCCUUGCUUCACCUCCCCAGGGUGUGCUCAAGGAUGCAAUGAGCUGGGCAGGCAGGGUGCAAAGGAGUCAUCAUUCUGGGUCCAGUGUGUGUUGGGUGAAGUUCAUGAUCUCACAUUGAGAAGCAGAGUGAUCACACACCAAGCCUGCAACCAAAGAAGAAUUUUCCUCUUUGCACCCAUCCCCAGGCCUUGGCAGUGCACAGGGCCCAGCAAGAGCCUGCCGCAGAGGGAGCUGCUUUACCCACAGUGGACCCUGCCAGGCAUGUGCUGCUUCUGCCCAGGAGCUCUAGAGGCACAGACCUUGAUACCAUUCACUUCCCCAAAGGGCCCUAUGUCCAGACAUGUAUUUUCUAUAGAUUUGUGAAAGAUUAUUUUUGUACUUCUGUAUAUAUUGGAACAUUCCUAUACUCCCUAUGUGCAUGCAUAUGUGCAAGUGUGUACGCUUGACUGUGGAUUCUCACCAAUGCAUGAGGCUUGUCCCCAGAAACAUUAAAGGUGACACGAACGCAGA